AUGGCUGAGGAAAUUUACAAGAAAUUGCAGAAAGGGUGGAGGGUUCUGGUGGUUUGGCACAAGCUGUCCUCCCCAGAAAGCCUGCAGGAAUGUGUGGAGAAGCUGAAAGGUGCCAUUUCUGACACUGGUCACAUCUCCAUUGAGAAUGCAAAUAGGCUGGAAUAUUCCAAUUUUGGUGCCUCAACCUUUGAUGCCAUCCUGUCUGGGAUUCAUCCUGAGGACAGUAGUGAACAUAGUGAUACUCUUUUGGAAAACUUUUUGCGUGUUCUGAAGCCUGGUGGAUUGAUUUUGAUUGGGAAAAGUGAUGAUUCAGCUCUCCUCUCUAAGCUCAAGUUGAAUGGCUUUAUUGAUGUCAAGGCAGAGGGUUUUGGCAUUGAAUCCAGGAAACCCAAGUUUGAGGUUGGUGCAUCUGUACCACUUUCAUUUGGGAAAUCAAUAGAAGAGGCAAAGAAUAUAUGGAAACUGGAAGCCAGUGAUGCAAUGGAGGAAGACUUAAUCAAUGCAGAUGAUCUGCUGGAUGAGGAUGACCUCAAGAAACCGGAUCCAUCGAGUCUCCGUGUGUGUGGGACGACAGGACAGAGGAAAGCGUGCAAGGACUGCUCUUGUGGGCUAGCUGAAGAAUUGGAGGUCGAGAAGCAGGUAGAGAAGGGAAAGGGAGGAGAGGAGAAGAAGUCCUCCUGUGGUAACUGCUACUUGGGUGAUGCAUUCCGAUGUGCAUCCUGUCCGUAUCGUGGGCUCCCUCCAUUCAAGCCUGGAGAGAAGAUUCUGCUUAGCUCCGACCUAUUAAAUCCUGAUGUCUGA